AAGCCCUCUGUAGGGUUUGUUGCAGGUCUCGGAACCCCAAAGUGGGUGGUUCAGUGGGACAGUGUAUGGCAGCAGAUUAUAAAAUGAUCUGCGGCAUUGUCCUCUUUCCCUCUCACGACUUGUCCCGAAAUCAUAUCAAGACCGUACGACAUUCUUCCGCUAUGACUACAACAUCAAUAUCCCUUCCUUGCGAAAUUAUUGACUAUAUAUUGGGCUACAUCAAGGAUGACAAGUCCACAUUGUCGAACUUCUCACUUGUAGCACGGGAAUGGGUCGCUGUCGCCAGAUACCAUCUUUUCAGUACAAUUCGAUUGUCAAGUUCUGUUCACGAUGUCACUGAUACCACAGGAACCUCGCGAUAUUUCUCAUAUGUCGCUCGAUUUCUCGAUGAAUCCCCGCCUGGCUCUCUCGAAUGCAUUAGAGAACUCACCAUCGUUGGCAUAGGCUCCCAGCGAUUCAAGUGGGCGCAUGCCCCCUUCAUCGAGCUUUCCGUACUAGCGAGCAUGGUGAAAAGAAUACCCCUGCUUUCUUUUCUCAAGUUACGCAACAUAAACGUGUUGCAAGAUAUAAUUCCCGUAGUGGAAACUCCCAGGGCAUUGCGGUCGUUGGUCUUGGAUGGCGUGGGUCACGUCAAUUCCGACUUGACGUCUCUACCCGCCUUUCCCGAAGGAUUUUUUACCCUCUUCCAUACCAUCGAUAGGCUGGAUACCAUAAAUCUACGCCUUGACAUACCCGAUGAUCGCAUUGAUUACGGUCAUCGUUCAUCUCAAUCCGUCAACAUGUUUGCGACUUCAUGGAUCCUCCGGGCUACUGGUAUCAAGGUCUCGCGUACAACCUUAUAUCAGCUCCAUCCCUCAGAUUCGUUACGGGCCCUCUGUUAUGAUGUCACAGAUCUCGAUGAUAUUGUUUCCCUUGUUGCACAACGACAUUAUGUCGGUUUCCAAAGUCUUCAAACUUUGGAGCUCUGCACCUUCAGUUAUGUCGCGCGUUAUUCGCGGUUCAACAUCGAGACAGGACCAACAGAUAUUCCCAGUGAUUUAUGGGCUGCGCUCGACCUGUCUGUCUUCCCAUCGCUUGAGCAUUUGAUUCUCAAUGACUUCGUGUCUUACCGUGUGGGCGGCCUUCGAUCGCUCAUGGCUAUGGGAGAGUUGUUGGCAGGAAUACGCGCGAUUUCAGCUCCUUGUCUACGGACGAUUACUCUCAAACUAGCAUUUUUCGAGACUGAGGUAGACAUCAAGCAUUGGUUGCGACUCCGAGAAUCGAUGUUGUCCUUGAGGUCCUUCUUGAAGUUUCGCAUACAGUUCGAUGGCGAUCAUUCUGGCCUGGUGGGGGUUCAGGAACUACAGCCGUCGCAACGGAUAGUCGCCCAUACCGCGCUGAGGGAUCUGUUAGACGAGGGGGUCGUGAUGUUCGAACCGCAACGAGCAUAUUUCUAAGCAUAUCUACAUCUUCAGCUGAGCUUCUGCCGCAGUACAUCACUCAUCGAUCCAUCUUUCUUCUCUCGACAACAUCAUCGUCCACCCCUGAUGUGCAUGGGGAAGCGCCGAGCUGCGUCCAAAGAUAUUUUUGUCACGCCUGCAGGGCUUGAAACAGCAUACAAAGGCCGUUCCACUGCUCACGCAUCUGUUCGCGUCGGUGAUACUGAGGGGUAUGGCGAUAUGCUCGUCAGACCGUUCCGAGUGCCUUUCGGACUUCGGAGAAUGUAUUCCUCAGUUGCAUAAGAGUAUUUGAGAGCCACUUCACCUAGAAAGCCAAUACAUGUUGUCUACCUUACAUACCAACUGUGCGAUCCUUGAGUUAAGGCUGCGCGAUGGAAGGUGGAAAACCUCCCGCAUACGGACUAUUUUAGGACGCGCUAGAGAAUUAGACUUUAAGUCCUCAGAAAGCAAUACAACCUCGCUAGUGGU